UAGUUGAUAUAGAAUUAAUAUAUAGAGUAAAUAUAACUGUGGUAGAUUUUGUUAUAGAGUAUAGAAUCUUGAUGAUAAGGAUAAAAUAUAUUUUUUAGAGUACUAAUUUGCAGUAGUAUGAAUGGUGGAGCUAGCCUAAGCCGCCACUGUCAGCAGUCCAAAACCGAAUUAAAGUUGGCGUGCACACGGAACUAACGCCAGGUACAGCUGCCCGAGACAGUAAUCUGACGCCGAUGAGGCUGCAUCAACUGGUAGUCGGUAGUUUUCGCCGGCAGAUUGGCAUCCACAGGAAGCAACCAUGAUCCUCUUGGCACAUGCGUCGCCAGUGCUUGCCUGACAGCGCAAUCUUGUCCUGCCCAGCUGCACCUGCCCCUGCCGGGAGACAACAAUUAGUUAAAUUUUACCGACGGUAAUCAUCGCCAUGACCAUUGUCCACCGCACUAACGAGCUAGCUAAUCAGUCACCUCGACCCCUUCCCUUGGCGGAUGGAGAUGGACGCAACGCAAGUAUGCCGGAUGCCGCGGCAGCGCAGUGAGCGGAGCUGAGAGUAGUUGAGGCGAGUGCUAGAGCAGAGCGCGCAGGCCGGAGCAGGAUUAGCCACCAAAUCCACCACCUGACGCCGCCACACCCGCUCACACUUGUGCCGCGGCUGCCUUACCAUGUCCCCCCGCCUACCGCUCCCCCUCCAUCUCCCCACACGCUGCCGCGCAUUCCCAUGCCGCCGCCGCGCCGGCUCCACCUCGACGCCACCUUCCUCUUCCUGCCCGUCUUCCUGUUCGCGACAUGGCGGCCCGUGGCGGCGGCGGCGCUCUCCACCUUCGCCAUGGCCAAGGCGGACACCACUACCAUAGUGUGCGCGCUGCUGCCGUCCGCGGCGUCCCCGCUGCUGGUCGACCUCAACUGCACGGCCGCCGGCGGCGACCACGCGCGCCAGGUGACGUACCCGUCCUCGCACCCCUUCGCCGCGCUGGCCGGAGGGGAGAACUUCCUCUGUGCCGUGAGGCCCUCCGGCGAGCGCGCGGGCGACAUCGACAUGCGCUGGUGGGACCUGUCCGGCGACGGCAGCAGCAGCUCCAAGCGGGUCUACAUGGGCCCGCCGCUCCGGGCGCUGUCCUCGGGAGAGUACCGCGUCUGCGGGGUGCUCAGCAGCGGGGAGCUCCACUGCUGGCGUUGGCGCGGCCUCAACAUCUCCAGGGACCUCCGCUUCGCCGCCGCCGCCGUGGGGGACGGCUUCGUGUGCGGGAUCCUCAAAGGGACGCCGGCGUCCAUCCGUUGCUUCGGGAACGACACGGCGGCUGCGGCCGUCGCCGGCGCGCCGGCAGACGGGAGCUUCGACGUCGUGGCCGCGUGCGGCCACCGCGCGUGCGCGCUGUCCACGACGGGGGUGCUCGCGUGCUGGGGCCACGACCCGCCGACGGUCGCCCCCGACGACGCGGCCACCGGGUACGCGGCGCUGGCAUUGGGGGAGGCCGGCGUCUGCGGCCUGCGCACCAAUUCCACCAUCCGCUGCUUCGGCGACGGCGUGGCAGUGCCGCCGGCCGGACUCGCGCGCGCCCAGUUCCUCGACGUGCGCGCGUACGGCAAGGCCUUUUGCGGCGUGCUCAUGAGUCAUGGCCAAUACUCCCUGGUCUGCUGGGGCGGACCUGAGUUCAACGCCACCAACCGCCUCGUCUUUGGCCGCGUCUUGCCGGGCCCCUGCCUGCCCAUGUCCUCGUGCCAAUGCGGCGUCUUGCCGGGCUCCGCCAACCUCUGCGACGACGGCCGCUGCGUCUGCGUCGACUGCGCGUUCGAGCUCAACGUCGCCAGGCCCAACGCGUCGCUCGUCCCCGUGAAGGGCGGCAGGGGCAGGAAGACCAUGUGGAUUGCCAUCGCGGCGGGGACCACCGCUUUCUUCGUCUUCUUCGUGGCAUUGCAGUUCGCGCUGGUCCUGCGGUGUCGCCGGCGCCGGCGCCGCCGCAGGAACGAACAGGAUACCUCCGGUGGUGCGCAACAGUCGCUGAUGCCGCCGAGGGUCGGGUCCAGCAGGAGCAGGGGGCCUGGCAGCGUGGUGGUGGAGAACUUCAUGCUAGACAUGCUCCACGCCUCGACGGACGGGUUCUCCGACGACAGCCGGAUCGGGACCGGCAGCUUCGGGUCCGUGUACCGUGGCACCCUCCCCGACGGGCGCGAGGUUGCGAUCAAGCGCGCCGAGGACUCGGCAAAGGCAUCAAGCUCGGUGGCGCGGCACCGCGACCGCGAGACGGCGUUCGACUCGGAGCUGACCGCGCUGGCGCGCGCCAACCACAAGAACAUCGUGUGCCUGCUGGGCUGCUGCGCCGACUCCGGCGAGCGCGUGCUGGUGUACGAGUUCAUGGCGAACGGCACGUUGCACGAUCAGCUCCACAGCCGCAGCCCCCUGGCGGCGGUCGUGUCGUCGUGGCGCGGCCGUCUGACCAUCGCCCUGGGCGCAGCGCGGGGCAUCGAGUACAUGCACGUGUACGCCGUGCCGCCCAUCAUCCACCGCGACGUCAAGUCCGCAAACAUCCUGCUCGACGACGCGUGGACGGCCAAGAUCGCCGACUUCGGGCUGUCCUCCGUCCUGGACCCCGGCGCCGGCACGCCGCAGGAGCCGCUCUACACGGGGGGCACGGUGGGGUACAUGGACCCGGAGUACUACCGGCUGCAACACCUGACGGACAAGAGCGACGUGUACAGCUUCGGCGUGGUGCUCCUGGAGCUCGUGUCCGGCUGCCGCGUCGUGCAGCGCUACGCCGAGAGCGUGACGCCCAAGAACGUGGUUGAGUUCGCGGUGCCGCACAUCCUGGCCGACGACGUCGCGCGCGUGCUCGACCCGCGCCUGCCCGCGCCCACGCCCGGCGAGGCUGAGGCGCUGGCCUACGUGGGCUACCUCGCCGCCGACUGCGUGGGACCCGUGGGCUGCGAACGCCCGUCCAUGACCGAGGUCGUGGUCGCCCUGGAGCGCGCCCUCGUAGCCUGCGGGGCGGCGGCGCCGCUGUCCCGCGCAAGCACCGGCCGCCGGUCCGUCCUCUCCCGCUCCGGCACCGACCAGUUCGACCUCACCGACACGGACUAGCCGCCGCGCCGUCCCGAACUCUAAGCUGCUGACGAGAAGUAGCCAUUUGCAUUGCGGCAUCGGCCACUUCCGUGGACCAUGGUGGCUGCCAACUGCAAGCCGCCGCACGCGCCGAAUCGCCUGUCCCUGGGCCAUGGUUUUCCCGUUGAAAAAGGUGAUGAAGCAAGAGAGAGCGAGGCGGUCGACGCCGACAUCUCGGAUGCCGCUGCUGCCGCGUUAUCAACGGCUAGAUUACCUUCGAUUGACUUGCGAACAACCCACACAGGGACAGGGCACCGGAUCAACAGAUGGCCCGGCGAAACGGUUGACGAGAGACCAGUAGCACGACGGAAAAGAUCAUUCUUUCUUUCUUUCUUUGCUCCCCACUUUCUCCUUCCUUGCUGUAUUCGUUGUAUACUUGUCUUUUUCCUCGUUGGGUGGUUUCUCCAUAUUCUUUGACCAAUGUGCAUAGAUAGAUGAGUAACAAAAUUUGAGAAGAAAAGAAUCACGAUUUACAUUUGCUUCCAAUUUUCUACUGAGGAUCGUUGUGGUUAAGACCA